GUAGGGACUCGCAUAAACAACAGAGCCGGUACCUACGCCGAUUUAAAUAUUUUGCGGACUCGACAGUCGGCAAUUACAACGAUAACGUUUGUGCCGCAAGGUGCACCGAUUGGCGGUUACUUAUUAGUAAUUAGAGUAUUAAGCGUAACACGUCUUAUCGGCGAUAAGUUAUCGCACAACCGAACGUCUUGGCUCUUUUUAAAAGUAACAAGACGUGUACAGUAGUGUUUGUCGUUUGAGACGAGCACAAUCGUCAAUACUUGACCAAAAUAAAAAUAUUUUUAAAGCAUAAUUAUUCCUCGUUACGCCGCGGUCGGUCUUCGUUAUUUGAAAUUUUAUAAAUAUUUUAGUGCAAUAUUUAUUGGAACAACAAUUUACUGUCUUCGCGGUGGAUAGUGGAUUAGCAGUUAGCACGUUCCCGGUGAUUUCUGUCUGUAAGACAUAACUACAGUAAUUAAUAUUGAUGUAAAGAUGUUUAGCGUGGCGGCUGUGCAAAAUGCUUUUCAAGAAGCUCUGGUCAAUGAAGAUGACGUGGACGUGAAGAACUACGCGUUGGCCUAUCAAGAACUUUGCAAAUUCUGUUCCCAACUGGGUCGUUUGUUCGGUUUCGUCGUCAGUGAUCUCGAGGAAAAGAUUGGAUUCCUUAACCAGCUGGUAACCGAAGACGAGCAAAAUUUUUCCACUGUUCAGACUAUGAUACUCCAUGAGAUCUCCAAGCAAUUGGUGUUCUCCGGUCGUUCUGGCUCUAUUACAUUGUUGAGAUUGCAUCGCGGUCUUGAAUUCAUUAUUCUAUUCAUGUCUAAACUGGUUCACCUCCAACCUGAUGAUAGCACAAAACACUGUGCUCAAGAAGCAUAUAGCAAAACAUUGGCUAGACACCACACAUGGAUUAUAAGGAAUGGUGCUCUGUUUGCUAUGAAAUUCCUACCUUGUCAAAAAGUCUUGUAUAAUCAGACUAUUGGCGAUACAUCCGUAGAAGAAACAUUGAAAACUAUGCCUGAAAUGAUUUCCAAAGCUUCUAUGGUUCAUGAAAGAGUAAAUAAUCUACUCUUAGACUAUGAAAUUCUGAAUAUACCGUGAAAGCUAUCAAACUGACUGUGCAGUGAAGUACUUAUUAAUUUGGUUCAAUGUUAAUUUCAUAUAGCAUAGACCUUCUAUGAUCUAUAUUGAAGAAAAGUAUACAUAGUGAUAAUUUCCAUUAGUUAUUAAUUAUCUGAGAACAUUUUAGUAAAUAUGAUUGUGUGCUAAUUUUUUUUGUCAUUGUGGAAUCAUUUAAACUUGACAUGCCUAUAAUUAACAAAUAUUAUAUAUUUAAGCAUUUUGUAUCUUAUACCUGGAGUACCCUAUUUUGAAAAUGAAGUGAUUCGUCGAUUUAUGACGCAAUUCUUUUCAUCAUAAGCAGUUUAUCAAACUAUUCAAAUAAUCUUAAUGUGUCAACGUUUUCGAUUAAAAAAAAAAAUAGGACACUUGUGAUUAUGCACAUGAGUGGCAUGACAAAAAGCUUAAACCAUUCCAUAAUGACUGAAGAAUCAAAACAAAAUAACAUUGAUCUUUAUAAAUAAU